AUGAGAAUCGGACGAGGAUGUGAACGUUGUCGGGUUCGUCAUAUUCGAUGCACCACUCGCGCGGGCGCCUCGGCUUGUAAUGCCUGUACUCGUUUGGGACGGGUCUGUCGCUUGGAUCCGCCGUUUCGUUUCAAAGCCGUCCGACAUGUAUACCAGAAGAGUAAUGGCAUAGCCUCUAAGUUUGAGUUAGCCUGGGAUCCGUGUCAGACAUGGGUUAAUCUCCCUCAGUCAUUAAAGUUUGUGCAGGAAUCGUCCGAUGAGUCGGACGAGGGCAACACCACCGAUGCUCAACCUGAUGCCCAGGAUAACGGCAGUCAUCAGGAUGCUUCUGAUGAGGUUCAGAGAGAUAUAUCCGACCAAAUAUCUAUUUUUAAUCAUUUGCCCUUUCCUGAAGUCCUUUAUUCUCAGGAUGAGAAUAUCCGCCAUCCACAUGUGGACUCAAGUCCCCCUGUGGGGUCUCCUGUCUUCAACGAUCCCCCGAUCGUUGCAUCCUCUGCAGGCUUAUCUCCUUCUCUUUUGAACGUUGUCUCGCCUUUGGCGUCUGCGAGUACAUGGACGAGCUCGGCGUCACCGCUAAGCUCGGUGAGUCCCCGUCCGAGCGGCUCACCGCCGUUGAGCUCCCGUGAAGCCCAUCUACUACGACUGUUCAUCCAAAAGAUUGCACCAUGGGCCGACAUAUGCGAUCUUCGCUCCCAUUUCAGUACCGAAGUCCCUCGUCGAGCCUUGCAAGUCCCGAUGGUGCUGAAAGCUGUGCUGUGCCUCGCAGCACGACACGAUGCGAUCAUGUCCAACGCUAGCGACUGGGAGGCCUCCGAAUAUCACGGACAAUGUCUAGAGCUUCUCAUAUCUGCUUUAGCGUUGCCAGAAGAGACAUAUGAUGAUAACCUGCUCAUUACUGUGGUCACCCUGCGGAUAUAUGAAGAGCUCGAGCGUGCAACAGAUGAAAAGUGUCACUUGUUUGGGUCAAACAGGCUCCUAAAUACUAUGUCCAAGUCCGCUUCUUCUGGCGGUCUCGCCGAGGCGGUCAGUUGGCAAUUCCUUCGCCAGGCAAUCUACGCUUCCCUGGUGCAACAUCAACCGAUGCAACUGGAUCUAGCCAACUACGAGCUCUCGUCUGUGUUCCAGCGCCGCGAUGACGCUUCAUAUGCCAACGUUAUUAUCUUUUUGUGUGCGAAGAUCAUCCAGUCCUGCUGGGGAUCACACUGCAGCUUUGUCGAUGAGGGCGAGUGGCAGCACCUAUCUGAAAGCGUGGAACAGUGGCAUCGUGGGCGGCCAAUCAGCUGGCAGCCGUUGCAAUACAAGGAUUCAGAUCCAGCGGAAAAUCGACCGUUCCCUGAGUUAUGGAUGAUGUCUCCAUCAGCAGUCGUCGGUCUACAAUACUACCAUGCAGCGUGUAUCCUUCUUACCUCGUCCCACCGGCACUGGAAUGUAUCAAGCGAUUACGAGCUGGCGCGGCUGCGACGAACAGAAGAGAGGACCAUAGCAUCCCAUCUGGUCCGGACGAUAGGACUUUCCAUGUCAAACGAGACUGUGGAGAAUGCAUACUUUAUGGCGUGCCACUUGUUACAUCGAUAUGGAUACUGCCUCCGCCACCCCUCUGAGAAACAAGGGUCCUUGCAGUUCCUCCGCCGGGUAGAAAAGGCGGUUGGGUGGCGAACGAACUGGAUGAUCCAGGAGCUUGAGGCUCAAUGGGGAGAAUUAGCCGAGAUGGAUCGAUGGGAUUGA